UCUCUCUCUCCCUCCCACACCUUUCGUCUCCAUUAGAACUCUCUCUCUCCUUCUCUCCAUCUCUCCGGCGACGAUCCCAAAAUACCGGUCAAAUACUCGCCGGACAACGACUUCCGUCCACCUUUACGAGCCCUCGUCCGUCGAUUCCCCGAUCUCAGCAUCUCGGAGCCAUGAAUCCCGAAUACGACUACCUAUUUAAGCUUUUGCUCAUCGGGGACUCUGGUGUUGGUAAAUCAUGUCUCCUUCUGAGGUUUGCUGAUGACUCGUAUCUGGAGAGCUACAUUAGUACCAUCGGCGUCGACUUUAAAAUCCGCACGGUGGAACAAGAUGGGAAGACAAUUAAACUACAGAUCUGGGAUACAGCUGGACAGGAACGUUUCAGAACUAUCACCAGCAGUUACUAUCGUGGUGCCCAUGGAAUUAUUGUUGUAUAUGAUGUCACAGACCAGGAGAGCUUCAACAAUGUCAAGCAGUGGUUAAGUGAAAUUGACCGAUAUGCUAGUGAAAACGUGAACAAGCUUCUGGUUGGAAACAAAUGUGACCUGACGGCACAAAAAGUCGUGUCUACUGAAACAGCCAAGGCAUUUGCGGAUGAGAUUGGGAUCCCGUUCAUGGAGACGAGUGCGAAGGAUGCCACCAAUGUUGAGCAGGCUUUUAUGGCCAUGGCUGCUGCAAUCAAGAAUAGGAUGGCAAGCCAGCCUGCAAUGAACAAUGCUAGACCUCCGACAGUGAAUAUUCGAGGACAACCAGUCAACCAAAAGGCUGGCUGCUGUUCUUCUUGAAGUCGAAGUUUCCUUGGCGGGCUUGUGAUGUCAAAAUCUGUUCUCUUUGGCUUAUAGCAUGUAAACCUAGUAUCUUUUAAGUGAUGCUCUGCUGUGAAGACAGUUCAUUAAGAUAUGCAUUUCAUGGUUAUUCUGGUACUUUGUUGCGAUUUCCAUUCUUUCUCAUGUGUAUUUGAUUCUGAAACGUCUGUACAAAUUAGGAAUGUUGGUGAAUAGCAGUAUUUGCCUCGUUGACCUCU